UCUUUAAAAUUUAAUGGCAAGAAAAAUUUUACACAUGUAGAGAAGCUGUGGUUUGGGACUUCCUUUAAGCUACUUACACCAGUAAUAAAAUUUUCAUCGUUUUUCCCGCAUUUUAAAUUGGUGACGUCGAAAGUGUCAAGCUUUCUUCCGUAGAUUGUGGUAAACGUAGGGGAUCCGGAUCAAAAUGCCCGGGGAACAACCACGCUAUCCUCGUCGCGAAGAAGAAAAUCAGCAUCUCUGCUGCAUCCUGACGCGAAAUAAGCCAGCGGUAUUUACAGAUGUCGAUUCGGUGCACCCCCUGAUACCAUUCGAGUUCUCCCAUUAUACUGAGCGCAUGACUAUUUGCAUACAUGCCAUGCGAGAGCAGGGCCUGUUCUUGGAGUUUGAUGUCUUCAAUGUGGAACCCUUCGUCAUAAACGCGCUGAGGCGCGCUCUCCUUGCUGAGGUUCCAUCCAUGGCACCGGCCGAAAUCCGAAUGCAGCAGAAUAGCACGAUUCUCUCCGACGAUAUGAUUGGUCAUCGUGUGGGAAUGGUGCCGUUCCGCGCGGAUCCGCGUUGUUUUAAAUUCCGUCCCGCGGACAAGAAACCGGACAGCCUGGAUUAUGGUAUAUUAUUUGAACUGCAAGUGGAACCGAAAAAAGUCGCACGCUCGACCCGUCAUGUGCCCGUUAAUCCGAAAGUUGAUAUGGUGAAACUCUACAGCACGGAUUUCAAAUUUCCCCGCGAAUCAUCGUAUCCGCAGGAUCUCAUGGAAAAAGUGGGCCCGGUGCACAACACUGUGGAGGAUCGUAUCUUAGUUGCUACCCUGCAUCCUGCUCAGGAGCUGGAGUUUCGCGUAUUCGUGGCUAAAGGUAUCGGGAAGGAUCACGCCAAGUUCUCUCCUGUGUCAACGGCAUUUUACCGAGCAAAACCGGAGAUUCGUCUUUUGCGGGACGUUAAUGGAGAAGAAGCGCACCGGCUGCGCGAGUGUUUUGUGAACAACAAGGGCGAUAAGGCAAUUAUCGAAGUGGUGAAAGAUCAGUCAGGACGCGAGAGUGCUGUGGUGAAAAAUGACCGUUUGUACACCGGAUGUCGAAAAGUUUUAUGCGACUCUACCUUGAGCGAUGCCGUAAAAAUUGGAUUUCGAAAGAACGAAUUUAUUUUCGAAGUGGAAUCUGUUGGCGCCCUACCGUCAACUGUGUUGGUUAAAGAAGCAUUGACUAUUCUGAAAAACCGCUGCGAAUAUCAUUUGCUCAAACUGGCUCGAUUUAGAGCGCCUAUACCGUCUGUCGUCAAAAUGGAAGAGCACUCGUAAAAAUAGAACAGUCGUUUUAAUUGUGAUUGUAUUAAUUGUAAUCGUAUUAAUUGUAAUCUCUUUUAAUUUCAGUUUACUUUGUACAAAAGAACAGAAAAAGGCUACAAGCUUUAUUGCGACGCAGCCUCUGCGCAAAAUAUUAGAACCAAUUAAAAGGUCAAA